AGAGUGACGUCGUUUAGUGUCUUGGACCAGAUUGAGCUGCGGGAAAUGCCGAAAAUGGCGAACUCGUUUCCCGAGGAGGUGCUGGAGCACGUGUUCUCAUUCAUACAGACGGACCAGGACCGGAACUCGAUCUCGACGGUGUGCAAGUCGUGGUACGAGAUCGAACGGUGGUGCAGGCGGCGGAUUUUCAUAGGGAACUGCUACGCUGUCAGCCCUAGGAUGGUGAUCAGGCGGUUCCCGGACAUUAGAUCCAUCGAGCUCAAGGGAAAGCCUCACUUCGCCGACUUCAAUCUGGUCCCCGACGGCAAGCUCCGUUACCUUGGCGGCGAAACCCGUGUACUCGCCGUUCCCCGCUCUAUUUCCUUUUCCGAGCUGUCGUCCAAGCUGACUGAGUUGUGUGGGCCAUCCGUGACGGCGGUUAGUCUCCGCUGUCAACUACCCAUCGAAGAUCUCGACGCCCUCGUGUCCACCAAGUCCGAUGAGGAUCUCGUUAAUCUCAUCGAGGAAUACGACAGAGCAGCCUCUUCCGCUAAUAUGAAGAUCAGAGCAUUCCAGACCCUCUCCGAUCGCCUCUUCAAGGACACCCCCUGGCCAUCCGUCGAUGCCGUCGCCGACUACGUCGACAACGACCACGUAUUCCGCCUCCUCUACCGCGAGAUGUGGUUCCGCCACCUCUACACCCGCCUGUCCCCGACGCUGAAGCAGCGAAUCGACUCCUGGGACAAUUACUGCAGCCUCUUCCAGGUCGUCCUCCACGGCGUCGUUAAUAUGCAGCUGCCGAACCUCCAGCAACUCCACCUGCAGGGCAAUUCAUUCUCUGGUGCUGAUCUCUCUGUCGCGUUUCCUGCUUCACAGGGCAAAAGAUAAAAGGACCUGUCGAUCUGAGUAGAGUUUGCAAGAUGGAGAGCUUGAGCAGCUUUUGGCAGUUGGGUGAUGAGCUUCGAGGGCAGUCAAAAGUCGCAGAAGAUAACAAAUGGUUAAUGGCCGCUUCAAAAUUGGCUGAGCAGACAAGGGUAAAAGGCGAGCGUAUGAAUAACCUU